AUUUCUGACUACAUAAGUGCAGAAAGAUACGGGAGGAAACUGUUUUACUUAUACAGAGAGUAUGGAAUUAUGCUUUAUAAACUUGGCGAAAGCCUAAAGGCAAAGGAAUAUGUUGAGAAGGCCCUUGCCAUAACAACCAAAAUUGGCGACAGAAGCGGAGAAGCAUCAUGUUAUGGAAACCUAGGUACUGUGUUUAAGUCGCCUGGCCAAUACGACAAGGCUGAAGAGUAUCUCCAAAAAGCACUUGUCAUCACAACUGAAAUUGGCGACAGAAAAGGGGAGGCAGCUAACUAUGGAAGCCUCGGUACUGUGUUUAUGUCCGUUGGCCAAUACGACAAGGCUAAAGAGUAUCUCCAAAAAGCGCUUGUCAUCAGAACUGAUAUUGGCGACAGAGAAGGGGAAGCAUCAUGUUAUGGAAACCUAGGUAGUGUGUUUCUGUCCGUUGGCAAAUACGACAAGGCUAAAGAGUAUCUCCAAAAAGCGCUUGUCAUCACAACUGAUAUUGGCGACAGAAGCGGAGAAGCAUCAUGUUAUGAAAACCUAGGUAGUGUGUUUCUGUCCGUUGGCCAAUACGACAAGGCUGAAGAGUAUCUCCAAAAAGCGCUUGUCAUCACAACUGAAAUUGGCGACAGAGAAGGGGAGGCAUCAUGUUAUGGAAACCUAGGUACUGUGUUUAAAACUGUUGGCCAAUACGACAAGGCUAAAGAGUAUCUCCAAAAAGCGCUUGUCAUCAGAACUGAAAUUGGCGACAGAAAAGGGGAGGCAGCUAACUAUGGAAACCUCGGUACUGUGUUUAUGUCCGCUGGCCAAUACGACAAGGCUAAAGAGUAUCUCCAAAAAGCGCUUGCCAUAACAACCAAAAUUGGCGACAGAAGCGGAGAAGCAUCAUGUUAUGGAAACCUAGGUACUGUGUUUAAGUCGCUUGGCCAAUACGACAAGGCUAAAGAGUAUCUCCAAAAAGCGCUUGUCAUCACAGCUGAAAUUGGCGACAGAAAAGGGGAAGUAGCUAACUAUGGAAACCUCGGUACUGUGUUUAAGUCGCUUGGCCAAUACGACAAGGCUGAAGAGUAUCUCCAAAAAGCGCUUGUCAUCACAGCUGAGAUUGGCGACAGAAGAGGGGAGGCAGCUAGCUAUGGAAACCUAGGUAUUGUGUUUCUGUCAGUUGGCCAAUACGACAAGGCUAAAGAGUAUCUCCAAAAAGCGCUUGUCAUCAAAACUGAAAUUGGCGACAGAGGAGGGGAGGCGGCUCACUAUGGAAACCUAGGUAGUGUGUUUCUGUCCGUUGGCCAAUACGACAAGGCUAAAGAGUAUCUCCAAAAAGCGCUUGUCAUCACAACUGAAAUUGGCGACAGAAGAGGGGAGGCAGCUAACUAUGGAAGCCUAGGUACUGUGUUUAUGUCCGUUGGCCAAUACGACAAGGCUGAAGAGUAUCUCCAAAAAGCGCUUGUCAUCACAACUGAAAUUGGCGACAGAAGAGGGGAGGCAGCUAACUAUGGAAGCCUAGGUACUGUGUUUAUGUCCGUUGGCCAAUACGACAAGGCUGAAGAGUAUCUCAAAAAAGCGCUUGUCAUCACAACUGAAAUUGGCGACAGAAAAGGGGAGGCAGCUAACUAUGGAAAUCUCGGUACUGUGUUUACGUCCGUUGGCCAAUACGACAAGGCUAAAGAGUAUCUCCAAAAAGCGCUUGUCAUCAGAACUGAUAUUGGCGACAGAGAAGGGGAAGCAUCAUGUUAUGAAAACCUAGGUAGUGUGUUUCUGUCCGUUGGCCAAUACGACAAGGCUGAAGAGUAUCUCCAAAAAGCGCUUGUCAUCACAACUGAAAUUGGCGACAGAGAAGGGGAAGCAUCAUGUUAUGGAAACCUAGGUAGUGUGUUUCUGUCAGUUGGCCAAUACGACAAGGCUAAAGAGUAUCUCCAAAAAGCGCUUGUCAUCAGAACUGAAAUUGGCGUCAGAAAAGGGGAGGCAGCUAACUAUGGAAACCUCGGUACUGUGUUUAUGUCCAUUGGCCAAUACGACAAGGCUAAAGAGUAUCUCCAAAAAGCGCUUGCCAUAACAACCAAAAUUGGCGAUAGAAGCGGAGAAGCAUCAUCUUAUGGAAACCUAGGUACUGUGUUUAAGUCGCUUGGCCAAUACGACAAGGCUCAAGAGUAUCUCCAAAAAGCGCUUGUCAUCACAACUGAAAUUGGCGACAGAAAAGGGGAGGCAGCUAACUAUGGAAACCUCGGUACUGUGUUUAAGUCGCUUGGCCAAUACGACAAGGCUGAAGAGUAUCUCCAAAAAGCGCUUGUCAUCACAGCUGAAAUUGGCGACAGAAGAGGGGAGGCAGCUACCUAUGGAAACCUAGGUAGUGUGUUUCUGUCAGUUAGCCAAUACGACAAGGCUAAAGAGUAUCUCCAAAAAGCGCUUGUCAUCAGAACUGAAAUUGGCGACAGAGAAGGGGAGGCGGCUCACUAUGGAAACCUAGGUAGUGUGUUUCUGUCCGUUGGCCAAUACGACAAGGCUAAAGAGUAUCUCCAAAAAGCGCUUGUCAUCACAACUGAAAUUGGCGACAGAAGAGGGGAGGCAGCUAACUAUAGAAGCCUAGGUACUGUGUUUAUGUCCGUUGGCCAAUACGACAAGGCUGAAGAGUAUCUCCAAAAAGCGCUUGUCAUCACAACUGAAAUUGGCCACAGAAAAGGGGAGGCAGCUAACUAUGGAAACCUCGGUACUGUGUUUAUGUCCGUUGGCCAAUACGACAAGGCUAAAGAGUAUCUCCAAAAAGCGCUUGUCAUCACAACUGAAAUUGGCGACAGAAGAGGGGAGGCAGCUAACUUUGGAAGCCUAGGUACUGUGUUUAUGUCCGUUGGCCAAUACGACAAGGCUAAAGAGUAUCUCCAAAAAGCGCUUGUCAUCAGAACUGAUAUUGGCGACAGAGAAGGGGAAGCAUCAUGUUAUGAAAACCUAGGUACUGUGUUUAUGUCCGUUGGCCAAUACGACAAGGCUGAAGAGUAUCUCCAAAAAGCGCUUGUCAUCACAACUGAAAUUGGCGACAGAAAAGGGGAGGCAUCAUGUUAUGGAAACCUGGGUACUGUGUUUAAAACUGUUGGCCAAUACGACAAGGCUAAAGAGUAUCUCCAAAAAGCGCUUGUCAUCACAACUGAAAUUGGCGACAGAAAAGGGGAGGCAGCUAACUAUGGAAACCUCGGUACUGUGUUUAUGUCCGCUGGCCAAUACGACAAGGCUAAAGAGUAUCUCCAAAAAGCGCUUGCCAUAACAACCAAAAUUGGCGACAGAAGCGGAGAAGCAUCAUGUUAUGGAAACCUAGGUACUGUGUUUAAGUCGCUUGGCCAAUACGACAAGGCUGAAGAGUAUCUCCAAAAAGCGCUUGUCAUCACAACUGAAAUUGGCGACAGAAGAGGGGAGGCAGCUAACUAUGGAAGCCUAGGUACUGUGUUUAUGUCCGUUGGCCAAUACGACAAGGCUGAAGCGUAUCUCCAAAAAGCGCUUGUCAUCACAACUGAUAUUGGCGACAGAAGCGGAGAAGCAUCAUGUUAUGGAAACCUAAGUACUGUGUUUCUGUCCGUUGGCCAAUACGACAAGGCUGAAGAGUAUCUCCAAAAAGCGCUUGUCAUCAGAACUGAUAUUGGCGACAGAGAAGGGGAAGCAUCAUGUUAUGGAAACCUAGGUAGUGUGUUUCUGUCAGUUGGCCAAUACGACAAGGCUAAAGAGUAUCUCCAAAAAGCGCUUGUCAUCACAACUGAAAUUGGCAACAGAAAAGGGGAAGCAGCUAACUAUGGAAACCUCGGUACUGUGUUUAUGUCCGUUGGCCAAUACGACAAGGCUAAAGAGUAUCUCCAAAAAGCGCUUGUCAUCAGAACUGAUAUUGGCGACAGGGAAGGGGAAGCAUCAUGUUAUGGAAACCUAGGUAGUUUGUUUCUGUCCGUUGGCCAAUACGACAAGGCUGAAGAGUAUCUCCAAAAAGCGCUUGUCAUCACAACUGUUAUUGGCGACAGAAGGGGAGAAGCAUUAUGUUAUGAAAACCUAGGUAGUGUGUUUCUGUCCGUUGGCCAAUACGACAAGGCUGAAGAGUAUCUCCAAAAAGCGCUUGUCAUCACAACUGAAAUUGGCGAUAGAGAAGGGGAGGCAUCAUGUUAUGGAAACCUAGGUACUGUGUUUAAAACUGUUGGCCAAUACGACAAAACUAAAGAGUAUCUCCAAAAAGCGCUUGUCAUCACAACUGAAAUUGGCCACAGAAAAGGGGAGGCAGCUAACUAUGGAAACCUCGGUACUGCGUUUAAGUCCGUUGGCCAAUACGACAAGGCUAAAGAGUAUCUCCAAAAAGCGCUUGCCAUAACAAUCAAAAUUGGCGACAGAAGCGGAGAAGCAUCAUGGUAUGGAAGCCUAGGUACUGUGUUUAGGUCGCUUGGCCAAUACGACAAGGCUGAAGAGUAUCUCCAAAAAGCGCUUGUCAUCACAACUGAAAUUGGCGACAGAAAAGGGGAGGCAGCUAACUAUGGAAACCUCGGUACUGUGUUUAAGUCGCUUGGCCAAUACGACAAGGCUGAAGAGUAUCUCCAAAAAGCGCUUGUCAUCACAGCUGAAAUUGGCGACAGAAGAGGGGAGGCAGCUAGCUAUGGAAACCUAGGUAGUGUGUUUCUGUCAGUUGGCCAAUACGACAAGGCUAAAGAGUAUCUCCAAAAAGCGCUUGUCAUCAGAACUGAAAUUGGCAACAGAGAAGGGGAGGCGGCUCACUAUGGAAACCUAGGUAGUGUGUUUCUGUCCGUUGGCCAAUACGACAAGGCUAAAGAGUAUCUCCAAAAAGCGCUUGUCAUCACAACUGAAAUUGGCCACAGAGAAGGGGAGGCAGCUAACUAUGGAAGCCUAGGUACUGUGUUUAUGUCCGUUGGCCAAUACGACAAGGCUGAAGAGAAUCUUCAAAAAGCGCUUGUCAUCACAACUGAAAUUGGCGACAGAAAAGGGGAGGCAGCUAACUAUGGAAACCUCGGUACUGUGUUUACGUCCGUUGGCCAAUACGACAAGGCUAAAGAGUAUCUCCAAAAAGCGCUUGUCAUCACAACUGAAAUUGGCGACAGAGAAGGGGAGGCAGCUAACUAUGGAAGCCUAGGUACUGUGUUUAUGUCCGUUGGCCAAUACGACAAGGCUGAAGAGUAUCUCCAAAAAGCGCUUGUCAUCACAACUGAAAUUGGCGACAGAAAAGGGGAGGCAGCUAACUAUGGAAACCUCGGUACUGUGUUUACGUCCGUUGGCCAAUACGACAAGGCUAAAGAGUAUCUCCAAAAAGCGCUUGUCAUCACAACUGAAAUUGGCGACAGAAGAGGGGAGGCAGCUAACUAUGGAAGCCUAGGUACUGUGUUUAUGUCCGUUGGCCAAUACGACAAGGCUAAAGAGUAUCUCCAAAAAGCGCUUGUCAUCAGAACUGAUAUUGGCGACAGAAAAGGGGAAGCAUCAUGUUAUGAAAACCUAGGUACUGUGUUUAUGUCCGUUGGCCAAUACGACAAGGCUGAAGAGUAUCUCCAAAAAGCGCUUGUCAUCACAACUGAUAUUGGCGACAGAGAAGGGGAAGCAUCAUGUUAUGGAAACCUAGGUAGUGUGUUUCUGUCAGUUGGCCAAUACGACAAGGCUAAAGAGUAUCUCCAAAAAGCGCUUGUCAUCAGAACUGAAAUUGGCGUCAGAAAAGGGGAGGCAGCUAACUAUGGAAACCUCGGUACUGUGUUUAAGUCGCUUGGCCAAUACGACAAGGCUGAAGAGUAUCUCCAAAAAGCGCUUGUCAUCACAGCUGAAAUUGGCGACAGAAAAGGGGAGGCAGCUAACUAUGGAAACCUCGGUACUGUGUUUAAGUCGCUUGGCCAAUACGACAAGGCUGAAGAGUAUCUCCAAAAAGUGCUUGUCAUCACAACUGAAAUUGGCGACAGAAAAGGGGAGGCAGCUAACUAUGGAAACCUCGGUACUGUGUUUAAGUCGCUUGGCCAAUACGACAAGGCUGAAGAGUAUCUCCAAAAAGCGCUUGUCAUCACAGCUGAAAUUGGCGACAGAAGAGGGGAGGCAGCUACCUAUGGAAACCUAGGUAGUGUGUUUCUGUCAGUUGGCCAAUACGACAAGGCUAAAGAGUAUCUCCAAAAAGCGCUUGUCAUCAGAACUGAAAUUGGGGACAGAGAAGGGGAGGCGGCUCACUAUGGAAACCUAGGUAGUGUGUUUCUGUCCGUUGGCCAAUACGACAAGGCUAAAGAGUAUCUCCAAAAAGCGCUUGUCAUCACAACUGAAAUUGGCCACAGAGAAGGGGAGGCAGCUAACUAUGGAAGCCUAGGUAGUGUGUUUCUGUCAGUUGGCCAAUACGACAAGGCUGAAGAGUAUCUCCAAAAAGCGCUUGUCAUCACAACUGAAAUUGGCGACAGAAAAGGGGAGGCAGCUAACUAUGGAAACCUCGGUACUGUGUUUAUGUCCGUUGGCCAAUACGACAAGGCUAAAGAGUAUCUCCAAAAAGCGCUUGUCAUCACAACUGAAAUUGGCGACAGAAGAGGGGAGGCAGCUAACUAUGGAAGCCUAGGUAGUGUGUUUAUGUCCGUUGGCCAAUACGACAAGGCUAAAGAGUAUCUCCAAAAAGCGCUUGUCAUCAUAACUGAUAUUGGCGACAGAGAAGGGGAAGCAUCAUGUUAUGAAAACCUAGGUAGUGUGUUUCUGUCCGUUGGCCAAUACGACAAGGCUGAAGAGUAUCUCCAAAAAGCACUUGUCAUCACAACUGAAAUUGGCGACAGAGAAGGGGAGGCAUCAUGUUAUGGAAACCUAGGUACUGUGUUUAAAACUGUUGGCCAAUACGACAAGGCUGAAGAGUAUCUCCAAAAAGCGCUUGUCAUCACAACUGAAAUUGGCGACAGAAAAGGGGAGGCAGCUAACUAUGGAAACCUCGGUACUGUGUUUAAGUCGCUUGGCCAAUACGACAAGGCUGAAGAGUAUCUCCAAAAAGCGCUUGUCAUCACAACUGAAAUUGGCAACAGAAGAGGGGAGGCAGAUAACUAUGGAAGCCUAGGUACUGUGUUUAUGUCCGUUGGCCAAUACGACAAGGCUAAAGAGUAUCUCCAAAAAGCGCUUGUCAUCACUACUGAAAUUGGCUACAGAGAAGGGGAGGCAACAUGUUAUGGAAACCUAGGUACCGCUGUGUUUAGAAGUGUUCGUGAUUUUGAAGCUUCGGAAGUAUGCUUGGAGAAAGCUUUAUUCAUAUCCAGAGAUAUUGGAAAUGGAAGAAAAGAGUUCGAAAUCCUCGUAAAUUACGCCGUUUUGUAUCUUUACCAAUAUAAAAUCAAAGACUCGAUGUCGUGUCUUCAUCUGUGCAUUGAAAAGUAUGAGGAGCUGAGAUAUUUCUUGGGCGCCAAUGAUCAGUUCAAAACAUCGUUACUGGAGGGCACAGGAAUAUUUCCUUACAAACUGCUUUGUACUUUGCUUUGUGCCACCGGAAAUGCUCGGGAUGCUAUUUAUGUUGAGGAGUUGGGUCGAGCUAGAGGCCUAUCAGACUUAAUGGCAGAGAAGUACUCGGUUGAAACGCACAUCUCUGCUAAUCCACAAUCUUGGUUUGGCAUUGAGAACAUUUUAAGAAAGCAAAAAAACUGUACUUGUCUGUACAUUUCUUAUUUUCAGAAUAGUCUGCAUUUGUGGAUCUUGAAAACAAGUGGAGUCCUUCACUAUAGAAGAGUAUCACCAGAAGAGAAUCUAGUUCAGGCUGGGUUACCCAAAGAUUUGCAUUUGAGUCAAUUUUUGGAUGAUAAUUUCCGGAGUCUUGGUAUUUUGCCCCCUAAAGAUUGUGAAGAUCGGUCUUUAAAUACGAUUAAAUUGCAACCUCUCUCCCCCGCGCAAAAGAGCUCAGCAAGAUUACGACUCGUGGAGGAGGACGAGGACGAGGACGAGGACGAGGACGAGAAAGUGAUUUCAAGUCUACAUUUAUGUUACAAAAUGUUCAUUGCCCCCGUUUAUGAUUUGCUUGAUGAGCCUGAAGUCAUUAUUGUUCCUGACCGCAGGUUAUACAAAGUUCCUUUUGCUGCCCUGAGUGAAAAGGAAGGAGCCGAAUACUUGUCAGAGACCCAUAAGAUCCGUAUCAUUCCUUCGUUGACAACACUCAAGUACAUUCAAGAUAGUCCAGAGGACUAUCACAGCAACACUGGUGCCUUGGUAAUAGGCAAUCCCAAGGUUAAUUGGCUGCAACCAUUGCCAGCUGCAAGAAAGGAAGCGGAGAUGGUCGGACGACUGGUGGGUGUUCCGCCUCUAGUUGAAGAGAAAGCAACGAAGCAGGCGGUACUUGAGCGGAUAAGUUCAGUGAGCUUGAUACAUUUUGCUGCCCAUGGUAACGCGGAAAGAGGAGAAAUUGCACUCUCCCCCAUUCCUACACCCAACAGUCAAAACGCUAUCCCGAAGGAAGCUUACAUGUUGACGAUGGCUGAUGUCUCACGAGUGAAAGUCAGAGCUAAACUGGUGGUACUUAGCUGCUGUCACAGUGGAAGUGGAGAGAUAAGAGCCGAGGGAGUUAUAGGAAUUGCCCGUGCGUUCUUAGGAUCCGGUGCUCGCUCGGUGUUGGUUGCGCUGUGGGCCAUUCCAGACUCAGCAACAGAGCAGCUGAUGAGUCGGUUCUACGAACACCUCAUUGAAGGUGGAAGUGCCAGUGAAUCCCUUCAUCAUGCCAUGAAGUGGAUGAGAAAAAACGGCUUGAACAAAAUGUCUGAGUGGGCUUCGUUUACGCUGAUUGGAGAUGAUGUGAGACUCGACUUU